AUGAGCAAAGCGGACCUGAUCGCCGAAUGCGUUCUCAAGACAUUUGAAGCAUUGCCUACCAAGUUCAAGCCACGUACACUGCCCGCUGGCCAACGAGAAUGGGUCCCGUUGGCUGGCAUUGUGCUCAGCAGAGGAGAGUUGAGCGCUGCCACCGUAACAUGUGCCGCCCUUGCUACUGGCAUGAAAUGUCUACCCCAAUCCAAGCUCCAUCUCGCUCAAGGCAACAUUCUCCACGACUGGCACGCCGAGAUUCUCGCUCUGCGCUCGUUCAAUCGUUUCCUUGUCGACGAAUGCGUCGACUUGGCCAAGAGGGGACGCGGCGAGCACGGGCAGUGGGUGAGAUGGGGCCAGUGGAGAGCAGAUGAACCGCCAUUCGCCCUUCACGACGAUGUCAAGAUUCACAUGUAUUGCUCUGAGGCACCAUGUGGCGAUGCCUCCAUGGAGCUCACCAUGUCCGAGCAAACCGACGCUACCCCUUGGAAGAAGCAGCAGUACGUCGGAGUGGAUGGUCUCCUCGGUCGAGGAAACUUCGAUCAGCUGGGCGUGGUCAGAAGAAAGCCUUCCAGACCCGAUGCGCCGCAGUGCUUGAGCAAGAGCUGUUCAGACAAGUUGGCACUCAAGCAGUGUACAGGCUUACUUUCUGCUGUGCUGGCUCUUCUGGUACAUCCUCGGAAUGUAUAUCUCUCCACUCUGGUCCUUCCCGAGAAGCAGGUGUUCUGCACUGCGAUGGAGAGGUCAUUUGGUCGAACUGGCAGGAUGAAUCUGCUAGCCGAGAACGAAAUCCAGGGGAGCUGGCAGCGAUAUGGAUAUUGCUUUACGCCCUUCGAAGUGCAGACCACUACGGCGACAUUUGCUUUCUCUAAACCACCCAAAAAUGAUCUCGCUGUGUCAAGUAAUCUGUCAGCUGUGUACACGCCACAACAUCAAGAAGUCUUGAUUAAUGGUGUUCUGCAAGGCCGCAAGCUACUUGAUGCUAGAGGAGCUAGCUGUGUCAGUAGAAGAAGAAUGUGGCAGGCGGUCAGAGACGUAAUUGCAUCCGCUGAAGUAGCACAUGCAACUAUAGCCUCGGAGGCACAGACCUAUGCAGAAUUGAAGCAGAGUCCGCUAUUGAAGGGUCGAGAGAUCGUGAAGCGAGACGUGCGGACUCUAAGCCUGAAAGGCUGGAAGAGCAACCAAGGUGAUGAAAGUUGGAAUAUCACGACGAAGUCUGAGGAGCGCGUAGAACCCUCGGUGCACUGAUUGAAUGUCAUCCUAGGAGAAAUUGACUAUUAGC